CAGGCUAUACUCCAAAACGCCUAUCCCUAACAUGUUUUCAAACGGAUCAAUGGAUUGAAAUAUUCAUCAAAGGAAAUUCUACAACCAUUUAAUUUCAUUCCUUUUAUGAAAACCGGUUGACAUAUUUCGGUGCGCGUUUGACAUUUUUGGGGGUUUUGGAAAUCAUCAAUGAAAUUCUUCGGACCUUGGACUAAAAAAAUCAAAGAUCAUGAAUUAAAGUUCAUAGGAUUUUUUGUUCUUUUUCGUCGGUGAAGUGAAAGAGAUAUUAAUUGAUUCUACGUUUGAAAAUCAAACGGUAACCUGUUACAGGUGUGAAACUGACAUCGUUUUGAAAGUGACAAGGAUUUAAACCACGUGGAGAUGGAGUCCACUCUCAGGAUCUUGGUUUUGGUAUCCUCUCUGUUGGCAGUAUCAGGUCAGCAGAGGUUUACAAAGUUCCAGGGUAUUUUCGGAUUGUUUGAAUUCUGGACGGACGAUUAUUUAAAUAAAAGUUCUGAUGCAUAUACAGUACUAGUAGCAGAUUUAGAGUAUGAUAUAGAUGCAACCUUUGCAGUAUUCAGUGAUUUUAAAGGAGGAAAUAUCGUAGAUGUUCAAGUUGCAGAUGGAAAUUUUACUGAAGUCACAUUAAAUAUAGAAUUUUACACUUCUCGGACGGAAGCGAAGUUCAGAGAAUUGUUACAAAAUGUCACAAGCAAUUACACACUCUUCGGCAAUUUUUUCCUAGACUUUGUCAGGAGUAUACGUGGUAUUGAAUCCCUUGGACCAUCUGUCUCCGCAGCAGUUACAAACUCAUUGUUUAGUUCACAGUUUGAUUCCACGACAACAAGUGACGUAUUUCCCAAGACCAGUGACGUAUUUAACACAAAACAUGACGUUUUCUCUUCUGCGCAUCUAUCAGUUUUCUCCAGUUCACAAGUUUCACUUCAAUCGUCUGUAUCAGACUUAUUUACAACAUCAAAAGAUUCCAUGACACCACCUUUACCAUCCACUUCCGCUAUAGCUACAGAUGUAACGUCGGAAAUAUUACCAACAUCCUCCGAGAGCUUAAGUUUACCAUCAGUCUCUUCAAUCGAUGUGAAGCCAUCAGAUUCGGCGGCUUCAAGACACGUUUCAUUCACUUCUGUUCCUGAGACAUCUACUGGGCUACCGUUCCUAACUUCUUCAGAGGCUUUGUCUGUCGUAUCUAGUGUUGUACCAACUUCGUCCACGGUUAAAGGUACAGUUACACUUUCAUCAUCAACACCAUCACUGAUGUCAUCAUUGACUGAGUCAUCCUUUGUUUUGACAUCACCUUCAGUAAUCACCACACCCUCAUCAUCUUCAGAAGCCUUCUCCGUUAUACCAACGGUUUCGUCUUCAACAGUAUCAUCAGCCAAAUUGCACACAUCAUCUGAGGAUAAAAUGUCAACAACAUCCGUGCACAGCAUAUCAAGUCAAUCAUCUACAUUUAAAUCAAUGACAAGUGAAAUUCAGUCAUCCACAAGCUCAAUUUUCACCUCAUCGACUUUUGUUUCUGCCACUCCACAUUCUUCAGCAGUAUCCAGUGAUUUGGUUUCUUCCUCGACAGUUUUACCAUUGGUCACUAGUACAAUUGCACCAUCACCAUCUUCUACAGUCACAGACUUUCAAGCAACUUCAAGUAUGGUCUCAGAAACAACUUCCCUCCAAACUACAACUACGACCUCAAAGACAACCUCUCAAACAACAACCGUUGCAAAGAGUACAACACCAGUGGCAGAUCUAACCACGACUCCAGCACCAGUACAGACCGUAGCCGCUAAACUACGAAUCACAAGUUUGGAUUGGAAGCCUGAAUACAGUGACGAAAACUCUGCCGACUACCGGGCUUUGUAUGAUCUCGUCAACAGUACUCUUACCUACGCGUAUAGCGGCAGUGUAUAUGGAGCACGUUACAUCACUCUUUCGGAUAUAGUAUUUAGACAGGGUAGUAUAAUUGUGGAGUUUAACGUCAAGUUUUCCUCUGGAGAAGCAGUAGAUACGAAUAUUCUGAGCCAGGAAGUCAACAGUAUGUCCGCCUUGUUACCGCCACAGGUUCAGAUUGAUACAAAUUUUACCUCACACACAGCUGUUGAAAUGUUAACAACUGAACCUGUAAGAACCAUGGCCCCAACAACUGUGGCUGUAACAACUGAACCUGUGACAACCAUGGCGCCAACAACUGUUCCUGUAACAACAAAGUCACCAACGACCACACCAAUGAUUACACACGAUCCAACAGACAGACCGGAAACAACAAAGAUGACUACAGUUCCUGUGACACCAGAAGUAACAACAGAACCCAAAACCACUUCAAAAUCAACAACAGAAAGUGUGACAACACCAAUAACUGUACCUCUGACAACUGAGAGUCAGGAAGUCAAUGAUACUUCAACUGAGCAAACAACAUAUCCCACAACACAUGAUCUAAUAACAGAUAUCAGCUCGACAACUGUCCAGUUCACUACUCCAGCUGCAACAACCCAUGCUUUCACAACAAGGGAGGCUUCAACAACUGAUCUAACAACAGACAGGAUGACAACAAACAUGGAAACAAAGGAACCUGUCACAAUAACAUCAACAGCAGACAUGAGCUCAACCCCAUCUUUUACAGAGAAGUCAACGACAACCUCUCCAUUAACGAGAGUGACUGAAAGGACAACAUUCGGAUUUUCAACAACCAAAACAGUUAUCCCAGGACAAACAACCACUGUUCCUCUUUUCCUGAAAGAGUUUGGAGUCACUAUUCGAGUUAUGGGUGAACCUUGGGAUCCCAUGUAUGCAGUACCAAACUCACAGAACUACGAGAUAUUGAACAACGCUUACAAAAACUUUCUGUUUAAUGUUUAUCGUUUUGGUACUUAUGGGGAUGAGUUCAUGGACAUCACAGAUUUACAGUUUAGGCAAGGCAGCAUCAUCAUGUCGUAUGUAAUAAUGUAUCUUGGGAUCGAUCCCAUAGAUCCUCAAAUCCUAAACAUAAUGGUCAACACUGCGUUUGCAAACGAAACUAUUCCUGGGGUGACAAUUGACCACUUAUUCACAUCACAUUCUGAAAUAGUGCGAGACACUUCUUCCAUGUCACCAAUAACUGAUAUCACAACAACCGCCCCGACAACUGAACAACAAGCAACAUCCACUGUAAUGUCAGCAGUCACAGAACAACUAACAACACAGGCUGCUACAACACAACAACCAAAAACACGCCCUGUUACGUUAACAGUUACAGAAAAACUAACAACAGAGCCUGUUACAACGCAACAAACAAAAAAGACAACAACUGACGUAGUGAUAACAGACCACACAGGACAGUCAACACAACAAACAACAGGGGUUCCUGAAAUAAGCACAACAACAGACGCAGUUACAACAGAACAAACACGAAACCUGACAAGUGGAGCUCCAACAACAGAGAGAACAACAAGCCAGGCAACAGAAGUUGUAACAACACAACAGACAAUGACCACAACAACAGAAGGUGUUAUAACACAACAACCAACAGACAAAACAUCUAAGGCUUUAACUACAAAACACACAAUAGAACAGUCAACCAUGGCUAUAACGACAACACAGACAAUUAACAUGACAACCGAGGAUACAACUACACAACAAACAACCGACAAGACAAGUGAUGCUGUAAGGACAACAACUCUUCCGGUUCUGAGUACUAUUGAUAGCAUUGCACAGGACUUUGACGUCACUAUUCGCAUUCUCAGUGAGAGCUGGGAUCCCUCCUACUCCAACCCUGAUACAGAAGGUUACAGUAACUUGAUUGCCACCUACUUCACAUUUCUUUAUGACGCCUACUCCUUGGGCUUCUAUGGUGACAGAUUUGCAAGAAUUGCACAAGAAUUUAAAUUCAGCGAGGGUAGCGUCAUCAUCAAUUAUGUCGUCACAUUCCUGGGUAGCCAGCCAUUGGACGUUCAGAUUCUGAACUCUGAGAUCAACAAGGAGUUCCAGGACGGCUCGUUUGGUCCGGAUGUUGUUAUUGAUCCCAACUUCACUUCUCAUAAAGAAACAAUCAUUGGACCCACUGUGUCAACAACACAGAUACCAACUUCAUCAGCAGAAACAACUCAUUCAACAAGAAAAUCAACAACUCCUGGUAUAAUAACAUCGGAAUCUACAACAGUUGAUACUUCUAAAACAACUGAACAAAUGACAUCAACUACAGGUAUCCAGGUAACAACCAAAUCUCUGACAACAGGAGAGGUGACAACUGAUUCUCAGACAACUCAGGAAAUGUUAACAACAACCACUCAACCUCCUGAAACAAAUGCAACACUACUUCUGACAACCACAAAAGCUGUAACCACACCUGUUGUCACUGAGUCCCCAUCUACAACAGGUGGAAUUACAAAACCAUUAGGAACAACCACAACUAAAUUUCCCACAACAAUGCAACCUACAACAACUGAAGCUGUAGUUACAAGCGAUGGACAAAUGACUGAGGCAACAAGUACAACACCAUAUGUGCCAACAACUUCGACUAUUGAAACAACACAAACUCCAAAAACACAACCUCCUAUAACUUCAGAAGCCACAUCAACACAUGUUUCUACAACAACCCCAACUACACAAUCUCCUAUAACAUCUGAAUCUUCAACAACAACUGGAGAAGUCCCAACAACAUUAGCUUCCACAACAACAGUUUCAACAACUUCAGAACCAUUAACAACAUCUCAAUCUACAACAACUCAAAAACCAACUACUGUGACAACUACAGUAACAACUCAAGUACCAACAACUCAAGCUCCAACAACCACACACACUCCAACAACUACCAGAUCAGCUGUUGAAGAAACGGUUGACGUGUCCUUGAGAAUUAUCAAUAAAAGUUGGGAUUCCAAACUGGCUGAUCCAAACUCUGUGGAAUAUCAGUCACUCAAGAACCAGAUUUAUCCUAAACUGCUGGAGAUAUACUUGGCGAGUGCUUACAAAGAUAGAGUUAUGGGAAUUGAGAAUAUAUCCUUCAGAGAGGGGAGUGUGAUUGCUGAUUUCACUGUACAGUUUUCUGGAAGUGCUCCAAUCCCACCGGAAGACCUGAAUACAGUCAUAAACAAUGCAGCAGCCAGUGGCAGUUUUGGACCAGAAAUCACUAUUGACCCAACCUCAACUUCACAUAAUAACGUCCCUGCUGUAUCUGUCAGCACUAAAAAAACAACAACUCAUGCUAAAAUAACAACACAAGCUCCACCUGCUACAACUAAACAUCAAAUAAUAACUCAAGCUCCAACAACUACACAAGCACCAACAACUCAAGCUCCAACAACUACACAAGCACCAACAACUCAAGCUCCAACAACAACACAAGCACCAACAACUAGAGUCCAAACAACAACUCAAGCUCCAACAACUACACAGGCACCAACAACAACUCAAGCUCCAACAACUACACAGGCACUGCCCACAACUGAAGCCCAAACAACAACUCAGGUUCCUACAACUACACAGGCACCAACAACAACUGAAGCUCCAACAACAACACAAGUUCUGACAACGCAAGCUGCAACAACUGAAGCCCCCACAACAACUCAGGCUACCACAACACUUCCAGCUUCAACAACUUCACAGGCAGCCACAACAACUGAAAUUAUUACAACAACUAAAGCUCCCAUAGCCACUCAAGCUGCAACAACUACACAGGCAACCACAGAUGCUCCAACAACAACUCAAGCUCCCACAACAACUCAAGCCCCGACAACAACCCAAGCUCUGACAACCACUCAAGCUCCAACUACAACUCAAGCCCCGACAACUCAAGCUCAGACAACCACCCAAGCUCCAACUACAACUCAAGCACCAACAACCGAAGCUCUGAAAACCACUCAAGCCCAGACAACAACCCAAGCUCCAACAACAACACAAGCUCAAACAACAACUCAAGCUCUGACAACAACCCAAGCUCCAACAACAACACAAGCUCCGACAACAACUCAAGCUCCGACAACAACCCAGGCUCCAACAACAACUCAAGCUCCGACAACAACCCAAGCUCCAACUACAACUCAAGCCCCGACAACAACUCAAGCUCCAACAACAACCCAACCUCCGACAACCACUCAAGCCCCGACAUCAACUCAAGCUCCAACAACAACUCAAGCUCCGAUAACCACUCAAGCCCCGACAACAACUCAAGCUCCGACAACCACUCAAGCCCCGACAACAACCCAAGCUCCGACAACCACUCAAGCCCCGACAACAACCCAAGCUCCAACAACAACCCAAGCUCUGACAACCACUCAAGCCCUGACAACAACCCAAGCUCCAACAACUACUCAAGCCUCAACGACGACAAAACUAGCUGUUGAAAACACAGUUAAUGUUUCAAUAAAAAUUAUCAAUAAAAAUUGGAAUUCAAACCUGGCUGAUCCAAACUCUGUAGAAUAUCAGUCACUCAAAAACCAGAUCUAUCCUAAACUUCUUGAGAUAUACAAGGCCAGUGCGUACAAAGACAGAAUUGUUGGAAUCGUGAAUAUUUCAUUCAGAGAGGGGAGCGUGGUUGUUGAUUACACCGUACAAUUUUCUGGAAGUGCUCAAGUCCCACCGGAAGAUCUGAAUACAGUAGUUAACAAUGCAGCCAACAAUGGCAGUUUUGGACCCGAAUUCACAAUAGAUCCAGCAUCUACAUCACACAAUAAAGUCCCCGCUGUGCCAUCAACCACUGAAGCACCAACAUCCGCCCCUGAAUCAACAACGGAAGUCACGGCUGCUCAAUUUUCUGUACCGAACUGGGGCAUUGCAGUGAUUGUCUGUGGGGCUGUGGUUCUUAUAUUUUUAUUAGCCAUGAUUUGUGUCCUGUGCUCAAGGCGACAUACGAAACAGAAAUACCGCAUGCCAGAAGACCCGGAUGACAUCGGCUACAUCCGGAAAUCUACUGGAAGUGAAUUCGCUUACGAUAAUAAUAUACCAAAGGAAGCCAUGACGGUUGAUGAGGAGAUUAAACCUCCAUCACAAGUUAUACAUUUAAAGAACUCUGAUCUGCAGCAAAAUCCAGCGCCGGAGGUCCGGCAGAAUGGAAACACGCAACCGCAAGAUAAUGACACAGCUGUUGUUAUCGACACAGAUAGUUACACCGGAAGUGAAGGAAAACCUCACAGCGAAACGGAAUCCAUGGAAUUAGAUGAAAAUAUGUUUCAAUCCAUAAAGGAUUUUCCUAAGACUAAUUACGAUGAAGAAAAAGACAUAUGGCAAACACAUCUAUAGAUCACGUGAUUAUUUCUAAGGUCGUCAUUGGUUGACACACAUGUAAACACUGCCAUAAACAUGUCUACGUUUUUUGUGACGUAGGUGGACUAUCAUGACGCCAAAGUUUAACCCCCAAAGUCACGUGACCAAGUGCUUUGAUACAGUGCCUAUGCAAUAUUUCUCCUUCCUCAGUCCAAGAAACAAAUUUGUAUUAUCAGACUUGAGUGUUCGUCUUGAUAUUAUGAAAACUUUUUUAUAUUAAGAUGUGUGAAGUAUAAUCAAAAUAUGGAGAUUAUUAUUUAGGGUAUUAUUUUUCAAUUUUUGUAUUAUUGUAUAUGAGUGCAUAUGUAUUGAAUAUUUACAAUGAAUGAAUGCUAAUGUGCGAGAAUAAUUUUGCGCUUGCUAGCUCUGGUAAAUGGAAACGCUGAUUUUGCAAAGAGUUGAUGUCCCUUAUAUAUAUAUACAGAUCUAUUUGUGUGUGAGGUAUGUUCAUUUCGUUUACAUAAUUUGAACACGAAAACAAGAAUGAAAAUUCUGUAGAAUUCAAAGAUGUCUCUCAUUAGGUAUUAUAAUCAGUCGUUUUGAUUCGUCUCAGAUAUUUGGUAUGUUGUGUAACUAAGCAUUGUCUCACAUGUUUAUUGUUCACUAGUCAGUUGGACACACAAAGGAAUAAAAGCGAAAAAAAGUUUUGAAUUUCUAACGUCAUAAUGAAUCAUGUGUAUUGUAGUCUGUGAUAGUGAUCCAUAACAUACGUAUUCCUUUUAUUGUGUCAUGUGUCUCAUCUUGUCUCACUGAAUUAACAUUUAAAUCUCGUAAUGUCUCGUUUAUAUCACGUGGCUCAUAUUUUAAAUUGAAAAAGAGACACGAUUUUAAUGUAAAAGAUAUGUGUGCUAUAUUUUCAUUCGGGCAUUUGUAGUUUUUCCUUGUACAUGUAUUUACAAAACAAUAUUAAGUUGAUAUGUAUGUUUUUCAUUGAAUAUUUAAGCGUGUGUCUUUUUAUUGAUAAAAGUAGCUAUGCAACAAAUAUAUAUUUAUAUAAGCAAUAACAAGUCAGGGUAUCAUAAUGACGUCAUUCUUUGCAAAACUUAAAGGGAAAAAGUUGUGAUGUCUUUACUGUUCAUAAUUCUUCAGAGAUUACAACGAACAAUUCGUGCUAUGUUGAUAAGACAAGAUUUAUGCAUCCAAUGUUACAUGAGAGUUAAAUGUGUAUGUAUGCGGUCAUGGUUUUGCUUUCAAGAACGAUAACUCUAACGUGCAUGAACUCUAUGUAAGGCUUUUUGAGUGCAGUUGUACUAUGUUAUACUUGAUAUGCUCCAGAGUGAAUGUGCAGAUUUUUGUGUGAGAGAAAUUAUCUUGAGAUUUCAUCUAUAUUAUAAUAUAUUUAUACACUGAGAUUUAAAUAUAUAAAGAAUGAAA